UUUGCAUUGGAAUAGAUGGUUCCUGUGCUGGACAACAUGACCCCACCUCCUGGUACACAGAACUGCUCCAACUGCAGCCAGGUUUUAGUCCCAGAGCUUAACCUGGUCAAGGCUGUGGUUCUGGGCCUGGUGCUUGGCAUCUUCAUUGUGUUUGGAAUUGUGGGAAACAUCCUGGUCAUCCUCUCCGUGGUUUGCCAUCGACACCUGCGAACAGUCACACAUUAUUUUAUCGUCAAUCUGGCAGUGGCAGAUUUGCUGCUGAGCUCCACUGUACUACCUUUCUCUGCUAUUUUUGAGAUUGUGGACCGUUGGGUGUUUGGACGGGCCUUCUGCAACGUGUGGGCAGCUGUGGAUGUACUCUGCUGCACCGCUUCCAUCAUGAGCCUCUGCGUGAUCUCUGUUGACCGCUACAUUGGAGUCAGCUACCCUCUGCGCUACCCAUCCAUCAUGACAAAACGCAGGGCUCUGCUGGCGGUGAUGCUGCUGUGGGUGCUGUCGGUCGUCAUAUCUAUCGGACCUUUGUUUGGUUGGAAAGAGCCGGCACCUGAGGACGAGUCCAUCUGCAAGAUCACGGAGGAGCCCGCCUACGCUAUUUUCUCUGCUUUGGGCUCUUUCUACCUCCCUCUGGCCAUCAUACUGGUCAUGUACUGUCGGGUUUAUGUGGUGGCUCACCGAGAGAGCCGGGGAAUGAGAGAGGGACACAAAACAGAGAAGUCAGAUUCAGAGCGAGUGAUACUCAGGAUACACAGAGGCAACACGACUGCAUCAGAGGACGAGACCCUUCGCAGCCGCACACACUUCGCCCUACGACUGCUCAAGUUCUCACGUGAGAAGAAGGCCGCCAAGACCUUGGGCAUUGUGGUCGGCUGCUUCGUGUUGUGUUGGUUGCCCUUUUUCCUGGCGCUACCCAUCGGCUCCAUCUUUCCCGCAUACAGACCUUCGGACACUGUCUUCAAGAUCACGUUCUGGCUCGGUUACUUCAAUAGCUGCAUCAACCCCAUCAUUUACCCGUGCUCCAACCAGGAGUUUAAGAAAGCUUUCCAGAGUCUACUCGGGGCUCACUGUCUGAGAAAGACCCCCAGACCACAGCAUCAUCAUCUGAGUGCAGGUCAGAGUCAAACUCAGGGUCACACUCAGCCCCUCACUCUGGGACUAGACAGCAAGGGGGCGCACUGUCGGCUCAGCCCUUCCUCCUCCAUGGCCCUGUCCAGAACCCCAUCCUCCAGGGCCAGCAGGGAGUGGAAUGUCUUUCCUGGAGGCCCCGUAGGUGGAUCAACACCGGCCAAGGCGAGCAGGGAUAAAGUGGCCAAAUUCUGCAGUAAAAGCUUCCAUCAGACCUGCUGCUGUGUCUUGAGUGGUGGGACUCCCCCGCAGGAGUCCAACUGCGCCCAGCCGCCUCCAGCUGGAAGCCUUCCCACCAUUAAAAUCCACCAACUGUCAUUGUCAGAAAAAGGAGAGCCUGUAUAGCUGCUGUAAUCCUUCAUCCAUUAGUCAUGACUCCUCUUUCAAUGUCAUGGAUAAGAAAUAAGAAUAUAUAUUUCUUGUUGCACUGUUGCUUGAGUUGUAUUGAAUGGUGGCUGAUUUUAUAUUUUAAAAAGUCUCAGCUUUGAUCAAAUGUUGUGAUCGUCAAAGAAAAAUAAAUAUCUAUAUUUAUCACACAUAUUGUAUUCUACCCCUUAAAGAAGACACACUUUUGCUUUUUAAAAACAAACUAUAAAAGAAUACAGCUUAGGAGGGAUGAAACUUAAGCAAAUAUAACAUUUUGUAAAAGUGAAUCAAAGGAAGAAUUCCUCAGAGUUAAGAGACCAAAAUGUUUACAUGUUUUAUAUUAAAGAAGAACAGUUAAAAUGCCUUAUAGGAUAAUUUUAUAUAUUGCAUGAUUUCACCAAAAAUAAAAAAUAAAAAAUGUUGGUCAGUGGUGCUCAUGUUGUCUCCAAAGUUUGCAUAAUGCUGAUUCUGUUAGAUAGAUAGAUAGAUAGAUAGAUAAAUACUUUAUUAAUCCCCAAGGGGAAAUUUGUUGUAGCAGUAGCAGCACCAAUAAACUAAACACACGAGAAUAAAAAAAUAAAAUAUAAAAUAUAAAAAACAGGGGUGAAAGAUAUAGAUGUAUACAAGUGAAAGCUAUAGAUGUAUACAAGUAUACAAAGUAAAAUAUAAAAUAAAAUAUAUAUGUAUAUAUACAACAUAUAUGCAUACACAAUACAAUACUAAUGACUAAAAUUAAAUUAAAUAUAAAAUAUAAAAAUAUUAAAUAUAGACAGUGUGCAAAAUGCAAAGUGUGUGUAUGUGUGUAGUGUAAAUGAAAAUGAAAUGUGUGUGUAUGUGUGUAGUGUAAAUAAAUGAAAUGUGUGAAGUGCAGAUCAACAUAGUGUAAAUAUGGAGUUAUUAUUGCAGUUAUUGCACGAGGAUCUGGCAAGAGGUGAUCUGUUGUAGAGCCUCAUAGCCGUCGGCAGGAAUGUUCUCCUGUAUCUGUCCUUGUGGCAGCGGAGCGUGAGGAGACGUCUGGAGAAAGUACUCCUCUGUCCCUGGAGUAGGUGGUGGAGAGGGUGGUCCGUUGUCAAAAUAAUGUUUGUAAACUGUUCCGUACACAGUAAAAACGAACGGACUUUGCUGCUCCCACAUCACAUUACAAUAAAUUGGUAUGUCAUAUUCCUAAAAAAGGGAUUUAUG